AUGGAACAGCAAUUUUCCUUGGUUUCAGGUUUACCACCACCGCCCUCCUCAUCCGUGGCGGGUCAAAACACCUCCACAAUAUGCACCACAGCCAUGUCAAGCUCGCUGAAUUCCAGCGGGGAAUAUGUCAAUGUACCCUCUUCGUAUGUCACCAUAGGUAUGCUGCCGCCGCCGAACAGCCAAACAUCCACGGCAAACCAAUCCGCAUCAAACAUAUCAACACCAAAUUCAUCAACAUCCACAUUUAAGACACCUCUGCUGCCCAUGCCCACCUUAGAGGACAUAGAAGGUGGCCUAAUGGGCCCUCAGGCUACGGCCCAAAAUCUAAAUGCCUCGGUUAUGCCUCAAGGGAUUUUGAAAUAUCCAACAUCAGGGGGAAAUACUGUAAUUAUGCCACCACCACCUUCGCAAGGUAUUGGUCCAGGUCCGCCAUCAACAGUUAUGACCAGCCAUCCACCUCCUCCCCCCAUGCACAGCACAACAACGACACACAACAACACCAUGUUGUCAAUACCACCGCCACCCAGUAAUAUAUCCUUGGGACCCACACAACCUCUACCACCACCACCAGCUUGCUCCUCAGCCGCAUCCUCCAUCCCCCUAAUGGAUGCCUCAACGUGUGGUACCCUCAAAAGUUCUGCCAAAUUACAACAAACACCCGCCACACUCAUCAGCACAACCAGCGGCCUGCCACUGAACUCGAACAGCUCGAUGGGCGCUGCCAUUGCCGUUUCCAGCAGCAACAACAUCAAUACACCCAGCAGCAGUACAGUGCCUUUAAAUCUUCACAGUACCACUGCCAAUUCCAGCAAGACCAGCAGUCGAAGUAAUUUACAUCAACGACCCGCCUCUCCGAAAUGUUGUUCGUGUUUUGGCAGCAGCAACAACAGUAAUUCCAUGCAAAAUAAUCGAGGGCGCAACAAAUCGCAAACAUCGAUAUCAAUGAAAUCGGGUGGGGGUGGUGGCAACAACUACAACGCACACAAGAAAUCCUCCAAGGGCCAUAGGCGUCACAAUGUGCAAACAUUUUGGUCGGCAUUGCUCACCAAUUUGGGGAUUUGUGCUCUACUUUUGGCCUAUACCUUAUUAGGUUCUUUUAUAUUUUUAACAAUUGAAAGUGAAGAUGCCACUCUGCUGCAGCAACAAAGGACCCUGGCCUCGACCAAAAGGAAUAUUGGGCCACACAAACAAUCACAUAGCCAACAAGUGCCGCAGCAGCAACAACAUGUGGACAAUGGUACAAUGAGUGCAGCAGCCGGUACUUCGUAUGGUGGCGGCAGCUCAUCUUCCUCCUCGUCGUCAUCAUCACCUUCCCAAAUGAUGGAGGGUGUCAUCUCAUUGAAUAACAAUGAUUUCAGUUACGGUGACGACUUCACACCUCAGUACGCCUUAUCGCCGGACACUUAUGAUGUACGCCAAAGGACCAUAGAAAAUAUCUGGGAUAUAACCGUAUCCUUGAACAUUUUGUACAAGGAGAAUUGGACAAAAUUGGCAGCUCUGGAAAUUGCUAAAUUUCAGGACCAAUUAAUUAAGAGACUGAAUGAAGAUGCCAUGUUACAAUUAUCGCAUGACACCGAUGCGACGAAUGGCCAAACACCGGCCACCGAGGCUGUACUCCUGUUCCAUCAGCAUGGUCUGUCACCGCAUCAUCUGCACCAUCAUCAUCAUGAAUGGAAUUUUGCCAAGGCCUUUCUCUAUUCGUUAACGGUGCUGACCACAAUUGGUUAUGGCAACAUAGCACCACGCACAACCUUGGGCCGCCUCGUCACCUUGGCAUAUGCAUUUUUCGGCAUCCCUCUCACCCUGGUAUAUCUCUCCAGCACCGGUGGUAUAUUGGCAAAAGUCGCUCGCGAAGUAUUCUCCAAAGCGCUAUGCUGUUGCCUCUGUUCGAACUGUGGUUACUGCUGUUACGAUGAAAAGCGUAUGGCCGAAAAGGAACGUCGUAUGAAACGUAAACGUCAACAGGAAGAAUUACGCAAACAACAACAGGCUCUACAAGAACCCUAUUACGUACGAUCUGGUUCGAUGCCGGAUACUUUUCAGACACCCGAAAAACAAUCGCUCGGACAGAGUAGUAUACAAAUGCCCGAUUUGGAUUCGUUGAGUGCCAGUGAAUCGCGUGGCAGUAUGCAUGGUCUAGCCAUAUUGGCCCCCAUUCUGCUUUGUUUUUGUAUGAUGAUAAUUUAUAUUUUGUUCGGAGCUGUGGUGCUAUAUCGCCUUGAGGAUUGGCCUCUGCUGGAUGGUAUUUAUUUUUGUUUUAUGAGCCUAUCGACAAUUGGUUUUGGUGAUAUGAUGCCGGGAUUUCGUCGUGAUUCGAAUACAACAAUAUGGUUUUGUUCGAUCUAUAUUAUGUCCGGCAUGGCCCUGACAGCCAUGUGUUUCAAUGUCAUACACGAAGAGAUCGUGAAUCGUAUAAAAUUUGUGGUGGAAUUUAAGAAAUCAUCGAAUAUGGAUACAACGAAUGAUGAUGCGACCAGUUAUUAUAUGCCACCCUGACAGCCAUAUGAAAAGAAACAGAAUUUAUAUCAACGAAAUCCCACCGAAGAGACUUUGGUAACGGGCACCCCCACAUCACUGGUCUUUGGCACACACAAUGACUCAGAUUUGGCGAAUAUACACCAACUGAAAGAUUAUGUUAAUCAUGAGUUAGUGCCUAUUUUAACAAUGGAUCCCAAUUCAACGGCUUCAACAUCCACUAAUUUACUAAAAUCUAAUGUAAAUUUACCCUUAAGUAAUUUGCCACCACCACC